AUGGCUCCAAGCGCAACCAACGGCAACCAGAAUGGCAGCACUCAGCAUGCUCCCACUGGCUCGAAGAAUGGCGACCAGUUCCGCAGCUAUGCUGACGACCGCAACGCCUCAUCAGAGGAUGUCAUCUACACCACCUCCAACGGUGUCCCAUACCCUCACCCAUACGAAAGCCAAAGAGUAGGCGAGAACGGCCCUUUGUUGCUCCAAGACCACCACCUCGUCGACCUUCUAUCACACUUCGACCGUGAGCGUAUCCCAGAGCGAGUCGUUCACGCCAAGGGUGCUGGUGCCCAUGGUACCUACACAACCACAGAGUCGCUUGAGGACCUGUGCAUGGCAGAUAUCUUCAAGCAAGGCAAGUCUUGCCCUGUCACCGUUCGAUUCUCAACGGUUGGUGGCGAGUCUGGCUCGCACGACUGCGCCCGUGACCCUAGGGGUUUCAGUGUCAAGUUCCGCACCGACGAAGGCAACUGGGAUGUAGUUGCGAACAACACUCCUGUCUUCUUCAUUAGGGAUCCCGCCAAGUUCCCUCACUUCAUUCAUACCCAGAAACGCGACCCUGCAACCCACCUUACCCACGCGGAUGAUGCGACAGCCUUCUGGGACUUUGCCUCACAAAACCCAGAGUCGGCCCAUCAGUUCAUGAUCCUCUUUGGUGACCGAGGUAUUCCCGACGGUUACCGCAAGAUGCAUGGAUACCACGGCCACACCCACAAGCUCCAGAACAAGAAUGGCGACUGGGUAUACUGCCAGUUGCACUUCAAGAGCAAGCAGGGCACUGCCUUCAUCACACAAGAGGACUCCUUCAACUACGGCCCUGACUACUCGACCAAGGACCUUUACCAGUCCAUCGAGAAGGGUGACUUCCCUGGCUGGGACGUCAUGUUCCAGACCAUGACCGCCAAGGAGGCUGAGGAGGUCUGGGAGAAGCAGAAGAUCAACGUGUUCGACAUGACACACGUCUGGCCUCAAAGCCAGUUCCCGCUCCGCAAGGUUGGCGAGUUCUUCCUGAACGAGAACGUGCAGAACUACUUCGCCGAGGUUGAGCAAGUCGCGUUCAACCCCGCACACUUGGUUCCAGGUAUCGAGCCCAGUGCGGAUCCCCUCCUACAGUCCCGCCUGUUCUCCUACCCCGACACCCACCGCCACCGCAUCGGUGCCAACUACCAACAACUGCCGGUCAACUCCCCACGUGUCGCUUACCGCAUGGGUAACUUCCAGCGAGAUGGCAACAUGGCAUUCUACAACCAGGGAUCGAGGCCCAACUAUCUCAGCAGCAUUCAACCCAUCAGCUUCAAGGAGCGCACUGUCGACCUCGACAAGCUCCACGGAAACUUCACUGGCGAAGCUAUCACCUUCCUGUCCGAGAUCCGACCAGAGGACUUCAACGCACCACGCACAUUGUGGGAGAAGGUCUUCGACGAUGCCGCCAAGGACCGCUGGGUCAACAACAUCUCUGGCCACAUGUCGACCGUGUCCAACAAGGAGAUUAUCAAGCGCCAGAUCGCCAUCUUCAGGGAGGUAUCCGAGGAUAUCGCUUCGCGCCUGGAGAAGGCCACUGGUGUCCAGGGCUACCCCGGUAUUGCCAACCUGCGAUUCAACGGAACGCACAACGGCAUGGCCAAGUCCAAGGACAACAAGGUUGCCAAUGGUAUGACUGGCAUCAGCGCGAAGUACGCUGAGAAGAAUAAGACCAACGGUGCUGCCAAGGCUGGCACGCACAAGGAAAUCAUCGAAGGCAAGGCCUAA